AACUUUGGGGGCAACUUCGGGGGGUGUUCCCGCGCCCGAGGGCCUCUGAGAAGCGCUCGCUCCGGCCCCCGGGGGGAGGAGGAGGAGGAGCCCGAGGAAGAAGAAGAGGAGAGGAGGAGGAGGACGAGGCCCGGCGCCAGGUGGCCGGGCUCAUGGACGGGUGAAACCCUGGGGAUCCGAGUGCCCACCCAAGGCGCCAGCCCGGCCCAGGCCGGACAGGACAAGGCCGGUGCCAGGCGGCCGGAGAUUCGGGGCACGGGGAGGAGGAGGAGGAGGAGAGGCAGCGAGGAAGGCGCUGCCCCCUGUCCGGCCUCCGAAACCAUGAACUUUCUGCUCACUUGGGUCCACUGGGGCUUGGCACUGCUGCUGUACCUCCAUCAUGCCAAGUGGUCCCAAGCUGCUCCCACUGCAGGGGAAGGAGAACGGAAACCCAACGAAGUCAUAAAGUUCCUGGAAGUAUACGAGCGCAGCUUCUGCCGGACGAUCGAGACGCUGGUGGACAUUUUCCAGGAGUAUCCCGACGAAGUCGAGUACAUCUUCAAGCCGUCCUGCGUGCCUUUGAUGCGGUGUGCCGGCUGCUGUAAUGACGAGGGGUUGGAAUGCGUGCCGUCAGAGGUGCACAACGUCACCAUGCAGAUCAUGAGAAUCAAGCCUCACCACAGUCAGCAAAUCAACGAGAUGAGCUUCCAACAGCACAGUAAAUGUGAAUGCAGACCAAAGAAAGAUGUAAAAGCAAAACAAGAAAAAAAAUCAAAGCGAGGAAAGGGGAAGGGUCAAAAGAGAAAGCGCAAGAAAGCCCGGUACAAAUCUCGCAGCUUUCCCUGUGAGCCUUGCUCAGAGCGGAGAAAGCACUUGUUUGUACAAGAUCUGCAGACCUGUAAAUGCUCCUGCAAAAACACAGACUCACGUUGCAAGUCGAGGCAGCUUGAGUUAAACGAACGCACUUGCAGAUGUGACAAGCCAAGGCGAUGAGCGGUGCUGAAAAAGAGACCGGCGAUAUCUCCAGAGCCGGACCUCUCACCUGGAAAGAAAAAUAACACUAAUCCAAAUGGAACGCCAAUGAAGGAUGAUCAGUAGCGCAUAGCACUUUGAGUACGGAAAAUCUCCGGAAUAAGCAUUCCCUGGACUGAAGCACCUGAGCAGAAUUCCCUUGGAGUUGGAUUGUAUUUUUUUUUUUUCAUGCUGCUGCUAAUAAGAGCCAGGAAGACUAUAGGGUUGUAUUUUCUGGGAUUCCUAUAGAUAUAUAUAUAUAUAUAAAAAUAAAAAUAUAUAUAUAUAUUUUAUACAUGUAUAUAAAUAUAUAUAUAUAUUCUGUUUUUUUUUUUAUUAACAUUGCUAACGUUAUUGGUGUCUUCACUGGAUAUAUAUCUGACUGCUGAGGACCCAGGCGAGCUGCUUGGGGAAAAAAAAA